UGCAUUUAACAAAAACGUGAGUGGAUUUUAGAUGUAUCUAUUAUUUUUUGGAUCCCGGAAAAAUAGGGGGAAAAAAAAAAGAAAGACCUCAUUAAAGAUUAAAGAUUGAAGUGGAACCAAAUUGGAUUGAAGAGAUUGAGGAAAUCUGGAAAUGGAGGUCAAAGCAAGAGCUCCUGGUAAAAUCAUACUUGCCGGAGAGCAUGCGGUGGUUCACGGAUCCACUGCGGUGGCCGCUUCCAUUGAUCUCUACACCUACGCUACCCUCCGCUUGACUUCUCCUUCCGAGAGCAAUGAUAUGCUGAAGCUACAACUUACAGACCUGGGAUUGGAAUUUUCUUGGCCUAUUGGAAGAAUAAAAAAAGCACUGCCUGAUUUAGGUUUUCCUUUCUCAUCAACACCCAGAACUGCCUCAGCAGAAUCCGUAAAAGUAAUUACAACUUUGGUUGAAGAACAGAACAUUCCGGAGGCAAAAAUUGGGCUCGCUUCUGGUGUCUCAGCUUUUCUCUGGUUAUACACUUGUAUCCAGGGGUUUAAACCUGCUUCAGUGGUUGUCACUUCUGGCCUUCCAUUGGGUUCUGGCCUGGGUUCUUCUGCCUCAUUUUGUGUUGCAAUUUCAGCAGCUCUUCUUGCUUUAUCGGGUUCUGUGCCCAUGGGCACUAGCCACCAUGGGUGGUUAUCAUACGAGGAGAGUGACCUUGAAUUGCUGAACAAAUGGGCUUUUGAGGGUGAAAAGUUAAUUCACGGAAAGCCAUCUGGGAUUGAUAACACAGUCAGCACAUAUGGCAACAUGAUAAAGUACAGAUCGGGUAGUUUAACUCGCAUUAAGUCCAAUUUCCCACUCAGAAUGCUCAUCACUAACACCAAAGUCGGGAGGAACACAAAAGCAUUAGUUGCUGGUGUAUCGGAGAGGAUGUUACGGCAUCAUGAUGCCAUGAAUUUUAUCUUCAGGGCUGUUAAUUCCAUUAGUGAGGAACUAGCUACCGUACUGCAGUCACCAGUUCAUGAUGACCUUUCAGUGACUGCGACAGAAGAAAAGCUGGAAGAGUUGAUGGAAAUGAAUCAGGGUUUGCUUCAAUCUUUCGGGGUCAGCCAUGCUUCUAUCGAAACUGUUCUUCAGACAACGCUGAAGUACAAGUUGUCAUCUAAGUUGACAGGAGCAGGAGGUGGAGGGUGUGUGCUGACACUGUUGCCAAGCUCAUUAUCAGGAAUGGUUGUUGAUAAAGUGAUCGCUGAGCUUGAGUCAUACGGGUUUCAAUGUUUUACAGCUGCCAUUGGUGGCAAUGGAGCUGAGGCCUGCUUCGAUGACCAGCCCUAGUCUCCUAAGUUUUCAAAGGUGGCAAGAAUGAGUGUAAGAAAUGAUCUCUUUGUAAAAGUUGCAUGAAAAUCUGUUGCUGCAUUUGACAAUUUCCUGCUUCAAGAUUGUUGUCUGUACACUCUUUUUUUGCCAGCCUCAAUUUUCAGCGCGUUUGGCCAAACGGACAUUUGUUUUCUCAUUGACAAUAUCCAUGCUCUUACUUUAUGCUUUACUCUUGUAUUGCUUGGGGA